CCCCACUCUUAGCUUGUCCCCCAUUGCUCGGCUAAACUUACCUGCCCAGUUGCCCCUCCUUUACUUCUCGAGUGCUGCUACGUUCCGCUUACAGAUGCAUCGGUAUAUCUGUCUUAGUACCUCUCUAUCUGAGCUGUACUGAGCAUGGUUGCGGUGUUCUGUAGUGAGAUUGAACGGAACGCUGGCUCUCUGCUCGGAGUUUUUUUCUCCUCGUUUCCGGACUUCAAACUACAGAUCGCAUCGGCCAUUAAGACUUCCUAUCUGGAAGAUAAAACAUUCGAUGGCCUGUUGUCUCCGUACAACCCGUUUCUUUGUCUUGGUUCCAUCCCGCGCGUCCAUGUCUUGAUGUCACGGAUCACAAGAUGACGGUUCGAUGACUAACAUGUCUUUCUGGCUGGCUAGUUAUAACCAGACAACCGUUAUUUCAUUCUCCCUGCCAACUGUCGCUUUACAAUCACUGAGCUAGGUUGACACAAUGUGAAAUAUCCCCCAAAAUGGCCCAGUAUCUCAACAGGCAGAUCAUCGCCAUUUCCGCAGAUACCCCAUACUAUGACCUUGGAUCCUUCCAUCGAUCAGUCACCACUGCGAGCAGGGAUGCUCAGGUCUGGUUCGACCGUGGCCUGACCUGGUGCUAUGCUUUCAACCACGAGCAGGCCGCCGAAUGCUUCAAUCAGGCGAUCGCGCACGACCCAACGUGUGCCAUGGCAUACUGGGGACUAGCGUUUGCGCUCGGGCCAAACUAUAACAUGUCGUGGGAGGCUUUCCCUCCCCAGGCACUGGAGAUGGUUGUGAGCCGCACCCACUCUGCGCUCACCCAGGCCUUAGAGAACAGUGAAGCUGCGACGCCCAUCGAGCAAGGUCUCAUUCGAGCCCUUCAAGCCCGCUUUCCUCAGAAACAUGCGCCGAAGGACCCACAGGAGCUCCAGUCAUGGAGCAGGGCCUAUGCGGAGGCAAUGCGGGUCGUCUAUGAGAGGUUCCCAGGUGACCUGGAUGUCACUGCACUAUAUGCUGACAGCCUCAUUAACUUAACGCCAUGGCGGCUUUGGGACUUGCACACCGGACAUCCGACAGCAGGGUCAUGUACCCUGGAGGCUAAAGAUGUUCUCCACCGCGCUUUGGAUGAAGACGGCGGCUAUGCACACCCAGGUUUAUUGCAUGUGUACAUCCAUCUCAUGGAGAUGUCCAGCCAGCCGGAGGCGGUGUUGCAAAUCGCUGAUCAUCUCCGUGGGUUGGUUCCCGACUCGGGUCAUCUUCAUCAUAUGCCGACUCACAUAGAUAUCCUCUGCGGGGACUAUCAGCGAGCUAUCAUCUCCAACUCCGAUGCAGUGAGGGCUGAUGAAAAACAUCUUGCCCUGUCUCGGCCUCAGGGUAUCUAUACGAUGUACAGAUCCCACAAUUAUCACUUCCUAAUCUAUGCAGCUAUGCUCGCGGGGCAGUUCAAGGUCGCACUGAACACUGCCAUCAAGCUGGAAAAAUCACUCUCCGAGGAAAUAUUACGCACGCCGCAUCCCCCGAUGGCCAUGUUCUUGGAGUCGUUUGUGCCGAUGCGCGUGCAUGUCUUAAUCCGCUUCGGGCGCUGGGAAGACAUCAUCGCGAUCAAACUCCCACAGGACCAGGAAUUAUACUGUGUGACUACCGCCGUGAUACACUACGGGAAAGCUGUCGCCUUGGCUGCCCUGGGAGAAAUCGACGAGGCCAGUAAGGAACAGGAAUUUUUCCAGAAAGCAUUCCAGCGAGUUCCACCGACGCGCACCCUGCACAACAACACUUGUCUUGACAUUCUAGCCAUCGCACAGGCCAUGCUCGACGGGGAGCUGGAGUACCGCCGUGGCAAUAUUUCCAAGGCAUUCCAGCAUUUGAGCCAUGCCACCAGUCUUUAUGAUAAACUUCCAUAUGACGAGCCAUGGGGGUGGAUGCAGCCCAUCCGCCAUGUUCAUGGCGCUUUACUGUUGGAGCAAGGGUUUGUGGAAGAGGCGGCGAACGUUUAUGCCGCGGAUCUGGGGGUAGAUGACUCCUUACCGCGAGCCAAACAGCAUCCGAAUAAUGUGUGGUCGUUGCAUGGGUACCACGAGUGCCUUGUGAGACUGGGUCGUGAAUCCGAGGCGCGCAUUCUUGGGUUACAGCUUAGGAUGGCGUUGGCUCGAGCGGAUGUUCCGAUCAAAUCAUCUUGUUUUUGUCGUCUCAACACCGGAAGAACUUAAGCGGAUCUUUGCAGGAUGAGUAGGACGCAUAUGCCGUCCAGGGCUGUGGAGUUGCGUGGUAUUGUGUUAUUACUAGUCUCUUGACUGGGAUGAACCACUAUAGUGUGCAAUUCUAACCUUCUCCGCUGGCGAUCGGAAUUCCAUCACAGAUUGAGGCGAUGAUGAGAUAUUGCAGCAGCUACAUCUUUCUUCGUGGAGCUUAUCUGGUUUGAGCUAUGUAUUGCCGGUAGUCGUAUUAGUCUAGGUCAAGACCUCAGAAAAACAUACAAAACUAUCAUGCAC